UUGAAGGCGAUCAUAUGAUUGCUUAGCUGUUAUUUCGUAUAAGAACUUCUCGAGUGCUGAUUGUCAUCUGUUUGGUUUAUAAGUAUUCAUUGAUAAUAUACAUGUUAGUUAUUGAAGAACGUGAAUUGUGUAGCUGUCACACCACGUGAAUGAAACACUGUAUGCGUACUGUUAUGUUAUUAUAUUAUGACAGCCGAGUUCAGAGAUCGAUGGGAUUUUGUUGUCAAUGACAGUUCAGAACAUCGCAUUGAAGACGUCUCUAUUUGCUGUCAACCAUCAAAGGAUGUACAUGUAAAUACAGAUUAAUUUUAUUCUACAUAUAAUGGCCGCAAAGUGUCGGAAAUUUAUACCUAAUAUUUUCAACAAGGCCAAGUGCCAGACAUGUUUCGGUGCCAAGGAAGCGCAUUCAGCUGAAGCCUUAGAGAAUAACAAGGCAUCUCGUAAAGUAUCCAAGUGUGGUUAUCUGUUUGUAGCACCUGAUUUUGAUUUUAACAGUCCACUAGAUAGAACUAAGAGAUGGCAAAGAAGAUUUUUUGUUUUAUAUGAUGAUGCUGAGCUCACGUUCUCUGUUGAUGAUAAUGUUGAUACAAUACCACAAGGUGUGAUUGAUAUGAAUAAAGUCACUGAUGUGAUCGAUACAGAAAAACAAACAUCACAUUUAUAUUCACUUGGUAUAGUUACACCAGAAAAAACACAUUAUAUUAAAGGAGAAUCAAAAGAGGAGUCAUUAUGGUGGUAUGAUGUAUUAAUACAGUAUCCUCGUAGUUUAAAGGCUAUUAAACCACGACGUAAACCACCUAUUAGUAAUAAAGAAAACGUACAGCCAUCCACGAAUUCAAACAACAGAUUUGUCAUAGAGAAAGUCAAGGGUAAAAGUGAUCUGCCAUCUUUUUCUACGUAUAGAGGAGUACGAAGUUUAAAGCAUAAAUACGACAAGAAUUAUCAGGAUGGAUUAAGGAAGAGCAGCAGCUUACAGGACAUUUCCUCAGAAAAUAAAGAUUUAGGGGGAGACCUCAUUAAUACGAAAUAUCUUAGUAGUUCAGGGGACCAGAUCAAUUGUUAUCGACGACUAGAUCACGAUUAUCCUUUAGGAAGUCGACAACAAAUUUUAUCUGAUCCAAAAUAUUCUAAUCCUUAUUUUACUGUUCCACGAACUUUGUGGCAUCAUUCUGGACGAAGUUCCUCUUCGUCUUCAUCAUCAGUGUUAUCAACGACACCAGUGACCAGCACUCCAGCUCCAGGACAUUCAGUAUCCUCAUCAGUACGUCGAGGUUCGCAGGAAGAAAAUAAAAGAAGUAAGAGUGUGUCUGCUCUCGAAAGAUCCCGCAUUCAUCGUGAGAGAUCAACAAGCCUGAAGGAUUUUCCGACUACCCUAUCUUUACCUAGAGUUAGUCUGGACGAUACUUCAAGGUCUGUUGUAUCAGGGGCAGAUAAUUCUCAACCAGAUACCCCAAGAGAUGAUGAUACAGAAAGCAAUGAAACAGAUGAAUUAAAGAUGGCUCGAAGCUCUGAAUUAAAUUCUGGAAGUCGUUCCAACAUUAACGCCCUACCCAAACCUGAGCAAUCGAACACGAUUUUUGAGGAUCUGGUUUAUAUGAAAAAGGGCUGGUUAAUCAAGUUAGGAAAAGUUGAAAAGGAACCAAAGAAACAUUGGUUUGUUUUGGCAGGAAAUUCCCUCCAUUAUUAUAAAGAUGCUAAAGCAGAGGAUUCUAAUAAUCUGGAUGGAAGGAUUGAUUUAUCAACGUGUUAUGAGGUGUCAGAAGUUAGCUUACCUAGAAACUAUGGCUUUAAAAUCAAGACUAGAAAUGGAGAAUAUCAGUUGGCUGCCAUGACAUCUGGCAUUCGUAAUAAUUGGAUGAAAGCCUUACGUCUGUGUAUGGAUCUUCACAACUCUAGUGCUAAAAGAAAACAUGCUUCAUCUCUUGCUGGAAAAGCUUUGAUGGGUCUGACAGCUAGAGCCUCUGAUGAUUUCGAAGUUAGUGGUGCUUCAGGUGGAACUAAAGCUGUGACAAAUCCCUCCGGGGAAACAGCUUUCCAAUUAGUUGGAAGUCGAAGAGAAACAAAGAAUAUUCGCAGACAUCAUUCUGACGUCAAUCCUGGAAAUGUCAGUAAAGUUUUGUCUGUUUCAGAGUUUUCAGGCGCUUUGGAUACGGCAAACCUCAAUCUAUCAUCGUCUACUGUUAGUAACGAGAGUCCGGGAACAGGAACAGGUUCCAGUUCAGCAUCAGAUACCACUGAGGAGGAUAGAUCUCGUUCUUCUAGAAUACCUAAGCACCAUGGUAGUACUAGCAGUCAAGAUUCCUUGUCGUGGUCACAAUCAUCGGCACCAAUCAGACGAUACGUGGAAGGAAGUGACAGUAUCCCUUCAUCUUCUACGUCAUCAUCUGAUCAUCCCAGACGAUCGAAACAUAAUAUUACCAUUGAUGUUAAAAAGGAAGAAGAGAGACGGGAUCAGUUAAGACGUGGUAAAUCGCCUAGUGCUAGGAUCAAGGAGAAAUCAAGGUCAACAAAAGCACCACGAUUACAUUCACCGCCACCAGAAGAAGAAUAUUCUAGUAAAUACAGUUUACCUGCCCAGGGAUCUGAUGAUGACAUAACUCAGGAAUUAUAUCAUGAUGCCAUGGAUACAACAGAUGGUCGUUCUGAUCAAGCAGCUAAUAUGAAAGAUGGCAUGUUGGUAGAACUUUUAGAAACAGAGGUUGAAUCAUUAAAAGAGAGUCUAGAUCAUAAAGAAGAAGAGUUAGUUAAGAUGCAGGAAGCUAAUCUAGAUUUAAAGAACCGUCUUCAAUCUACCAGUGAUUCACAGGGUAGUUUAGAUAGAUAUAGUGGAAGUAAACAGUUAGAGGCAUCACAGAUUCAAAGUAUGAAAAGGCAGAUGAAAGAUUCAAAGGAUUCCGUCCAGAGACAGAAAAAUGAAAUAGAUAAUCUUAAAUCUAAAUUAGAUAUGUCGGUCUCAAAACUUACAGGUACUGAGAAAGCACUGUCGGAAGCCCUUAAAGAACUCAAGCAAGAAAAAGAAAGGUUCCUUAAAUUAACAAAUGAAUGGAAUCGACGAAUUCGUACCCUUGAAGGACAGUUGAAGGAUUCCUCCAGCAAACUUGAACGUAAUAAAGAGAAUCUAGUCAGUAAAGAACGGGAAUGUCGUAGACUGGAGACCGAAAUGAAAGGAGCUUUACAGAAAACACGAGAAUAUGAACGUGAAAUUUUAAAACUGAAAGCUAUCGAAAAUGAAUAUCAAGUUCUAAAAGAAAAGUUUGAUGAUAAGGAACAUGAUAUUGUUACAUUACGCAAUCAAGUCCGCGAUAGGGAAGCUCAGUGUAAAAAACUGGAAGCUGAACUUGAAGAAAUGGAAAAGUCGAAUUCUAAUGAACAAGAUGCUCUGGAGAACCACAUUGAACAGCUUCAGAGUAAGUUAUGUGCUGCUCAUCAGAGGCAGACAACAGUCACCAUUACCAACAAUAUGGCAGACAUUCUGCUAGAAAAAGAUGAAAUUAUUCAUAAACUUGAAGAAAAAUUGUCCGAGAAAGACAGAAAAAUUAUUGAUAUGUCUGAAGAACUGCAAGCAGAAAUGAGUGAAAAUGCAGAAUUGAUCAGCAAUGUUGAUAUUCUACAAGGUGAAAGACAGGAACUCCUUGAAAAGAUUGAAAGACUUCAAACAGUUCAAACUAAAUUAUCCAAACUAGAAUCGGAGAACCUGUCCUUAAAGAUGAUCAUUGAUCAAUUGAAGAGGGAUGAUAAAUCAGGAAGUCUCGACCAAAAAGAAAGGAAUCAGUUUAACAAAACUAUUCAAGGUCUGAAUAAGCAGGUACAAGAACUGCAGCUUCAGCUUAUGGAGAAAUUUGAGGAUUUAGACAGAUCUCUAGGAUCCUCAAGUCAUCUCGAUAGUCAGGAGCUACUUCAUACCGUACUAGUGGUCGACUCAGAACUCAAAGAUGUCAACGCCAUGUUGCUUACUCUUCGAAAGAAAUUUGAUGCUUAUCUUGAUACUCAACAGGGUGAAAAUUUAACCAAGCUGAUUUCAUUGGCUGAUAUGAUUGAAGAUAUUGGCCGCAAGUGUCAGUCGGUUCAAGAGGUUUUGAAAGAAGUACCACAAUCUCCUCCUCUGUCACCUGUGAGUCAGUCACCAGAAUACUCACAUGAAAUAACCGUGGAUUCCAAAUCCAACCCCAAAGAAAUCUUCUCAGAAUACAAAGGUUUAAAGAAUAAAUUUGACAGUGCUGUGUCUGAAUUGAAGAAGCUCCGUAAAGAGAUGACCAACAUUUACAGUAAUUACGACAAAUUAGAAAAAGAAGAUACCAAAGUCAAAAGUCAGCUGAUGGGAUUAGAGGAAGCCUAUAAAAGUCAACUUGAAUCCAUGAUGAAGAGAGUCGAGACCCUCACGACCAAAUUAGAUCAAGUCAAGAACCCUGCUCAAACAAAUCCUUCUAAAGUAAAACCAUCAAAAACUCAACAACAUGAUCUGUUUGGCAUGUCACAGGAAGUAGAGAAAUUGUUGGACGAACUUGACAGCAAGUUUGAAGAAGUAGAGAAAAAUAUUGCGAAAGGAACUUCACCACCCACAGCGGACCAGAAAAAUAAAAAGUCAAGGAUGUCUGUUUCUCCGGAUGAGAUUAUCGGACAGCUGAAACAGAUGAAAGUGCAACUUGAUCACACUAAUGUUAAGUUAAAGGAUAUUUCUGAAGAAUUAACACCUAAAAAGAGUGCAAAGCCAGAACAUGGCUCUGGAACUCAUCUUCAGAAACGUUUGUCUGAGUAUGGUCAGAAGAUCGACACCAUGACCAAUAAUCUGGAGAAAACAAGCAUCGAGUCAGAUGAUGUUGGCAAUAUUGGACAAUCUGAUGGUCAGGAAAUAGCAUUUGAAGAUUGUUUGACAGAAAUCCGGGAAAGAAUUGUAGAAAUUGGAGAACAGCUUGAUGCCAUCGAAGAUGAUUCCUCAGAAUCAGAAUCCGAAGAGGAUGAAGAUGAAACCACCAUUGAUGAUGUCCGAGAGAAAUUAUCAAACCUUUUAGAAUUUGUUCAAGAACAUUCCAAGCUUUCGUCUUUUGAUUGGAAAGUUUUGGAUAAAAUGACAAGACAACAUUCUGCCAUAAUGAGAUCAAAAGCUACCAAACAAGAAACAGUUACAAGAGAAGAUAGGCUUAAGUUGUAUGCUGAUCGUGUUUCCAUAGAAGCUGUGAUAUUAGGAGAAAUGGCCACAUUAUUACAAAACAAAUACACAGAUACACCUUCUAAUCCUUUAUUUAAUGAAAUGAACAAUUUGAAUAAUUUAAUUUUAGUUUUACAUCAGCAAUUAGACCUAGAAUCUCGUCAUUUAACUUUUGAAAAUCGUGUUGACGAUGUUUUAUCAUCGUACGCUGAUAUUUUAGCCGAAAGAAUUGUGUUAGAAAGUGAUUUAUGUGAUAAGCAAUGUGUGGCAAGCAAAGGACAGGUUACCAUGCUGGCCAUGGAAGGGUUAACUCGUUCACAAAUCGACUGUCAAAUCAACGAAACCUUAAAUAGGCCACUAAAUGAACUUGAAUCUGUGUCUUCUCACAUAGUGUCCCGAGCUUUGAUUCAAGGAGAAUUAACUUGUGCUUUACAAAAAGUUAAAAAACAUGUGAACACUUCUAUUGGGUCAUCUGCUCAGCAACAAAUACAGAAAGAAUAUGGUUUCCAGCAAUUAAAAUCUAGGGAGGGUACUGUUUUGGAUUUCUGUGAGCAAUAUGAAAAUAAAAUGGUCGAGGCAUUGGCUCUAAUUGUCGCGAGGCAAGCUGAUGAAUUAACAAUUGAACAGGGACCAGUCAGUGUUCUGGAAGCCGUGUGUUCAGAAAUAUCUACCAUUAUGGAAAAACAUAUCCAAAGUUAUAAACAAAAAAUUCGUACCGCGAAUGAAACACAAACUGCUCAUAAGUUUGAUAUGAUAGUGUCUAGAUUAAGGUCAGAUCGCGAGAUGGUUUUAAACGACAUCAAAAAACGGCACGACCAUUAUACAGAACUUUUAGCAAAAGAUGAGGACAUAGACGAACCUCAAGUUCUGUUUCAAUCAUUAGAUAACACCAUUAAUAGUUUUGGUGAAAUUUUAUCGAAAAAAGCAAUUAUUUUAGCCAUUUCUUCUUUUGUCAGUGAAAUGUACGAGGCAAAAGAUCUCUCGGUUUAUGAAGAGGACGAUGAACGCGACUCCAUCUCAUCUACAGCAGACGUCGAUAGAGGUGUCAGAUUCUUUAUGAGAAAUUUAAGUGACUAUUUGCAACAGGAAUCUCUCAGUAAACAAAAUAUAGUUUUAGAACUUCAAAAAUCUGAUCAAUUAACUGCUAGUUCUUCUCCUGAUAGUUUGAUUGUAUCACUUCCCGAUUUAACUCAAUAUCCAAAACACUUGUCUCCUUACGCUGAGAAUCUAGUCCGUGAAGCCGUGUUUCAGUCGCAAAUGACGUACAUGAUGUUGAAAAUGAGACUGGAACAUGAACAAGAAUUAUCACAGCAUAAGAAAAUGCAUGGAAAAUUUACGCGAGGGGAAAGCGAGGAAUCUGAGGUAGACUUCAAUACGGCUCUAGCGCCUCUUGAAGAAGUCCUUGACAGUAAAUUUGAAGAUGAAAGUGAGGUUCUUCACAUGUUUUUUCAGCAACUUGAAGCUUUACGUCAGUCGUUUAAUGCAACAGAAUCUCCAGCAUUAGAAGAAGAAAUGCAACAACUUGAACAUAUGUUAGAACAAGAGAUGAUGGCAGCUCAUGAACGUCAUGAAGUUCAAGUGGAAGUUUUUAAACAGGAGUUGAGUAAGAUUGAAAAGAUUUGGGAGUGUCGUGAGAAUGCUCGGUAUGAAUGUCGUGAUCGUAUGGAAGAUUUGGAAGAAGAGUUAAACUAUAUAAAGUCUGAACAUGAAGAAGAAGUAGAGAGAAUGAAACAAGAUGUGUUGACAGCUGUUGGUGCUAUCAGAGCUAAUGAAGAACUUUCUGAAACAAAUCUGACAGAAAAAGUACAAAAUCUCAUUCAUCAACUUGCUUCACAGAAACGUAAUUACAAGCUGUUCCUAGAUGGUAUAAAGAGAAAGAUUCAUAGUUUAGAUAAGAAUGAAAUAUUAAAGAAAAUUGAGGAACAAUUGAACAAUUUAAAAAGAUCAGCAUCACAAGAUGAUGAUAUGUAUUCAAUGACGAGUUCUACAUCCGAGUCCGAUUUAUCUCAUACUGAUGCUGUUGAUGGUGGAGAGGAAAUCAAAGCAACAGACGUCAGACCAAUUAAAUUAAAAAGUUCAUCAGAAAAGAAUCGUAAACCAAGAGAAGCUGAAUUAGAUAAAUUACGAAAAGAAAAAGAAGAAGCCCUAGCAGAAGAAAUGAGGAAUACUAAAGCAGCCCUUGAUGCCAUGCGUAAAGCUUAUGAAGUUGAAUUAGAUGAAGAAAAGGACAAAUAUAAAGAACUCAUGUCAAAGAUGUAUACAGAUGAUUUUGUGGCUGAAAUAAGACGUCAACAUGUGACUGAGAUUGACCGAUAUAGAGAGGAACAAAAACAGCUAGAGAUGCAUUAUUCUAGUAAAACAGAAGAUUAUAAAAUAUUAGAAGUUAAAAUGAAACAGUUGAAGGAAGAUUAUGAUGCCCAUAUUAGACAAUUAUUGAGCAGUAAUGAACAGUUAAAUAAGUUAGUGAAUCAAGAGGUGGAUGAAAUAAAGGAGUUUAUUAAAACUAAACCAAGUCGUUUAGCUCCAGGUAGCGCUACAGUAGAUGAAGAACUUUACGAUGCUCAGAUCAUGGUAAGAGUGAAAGAUGCUGAACUUCAGAAAUUACGACUUCAAGUAAAGAAUCAUGAAAACAGCAUCCAUCGCAUGACAGAAGAACAAAGGCAAACUAUGACAGAGAAUUUGCGCCUGAUCAAAGAGAAUCAGGAAUUAUCAGCAGAAUUUAAACGUAGAGAAGGGGAAACUACUGGUAGAUCUGGUAAAGCUACUGAUGAUACUGGUGGCCGACGUCCUGUCAGAAGAGCCCCAUCCUUCCAUCAGCGAGAAAGGAGUCCCAGUCCAACUUCUACUAGUAAAAAAGAGGGAGAACAUGUUAGUAGAGAUGGUCAUAGAAGACGUCAUCUUGGACCAAGAGAUUUAAAACGAUCUAAGAGUAGUCCCUCUCUUCCAUAUGUAUUUGAUACCAAGGGUCUACCAGACAGUAAACAAGGUCGCGAGGUCAAAACUCCUAGAUCUGUGAAAGCUGCCUCUGCUGCCAAACGUUAAAAGAAACUGUUAUUGUUACUAUUAACCAAAUUGUUGUGUAAAGAAAAACCGGAGAUCAUAACUUACAUCUUAUUUCAAGACACUUGUUAAACCAGACAAUAUUCUUUGAUUUUUACUGAAUGUUUUAAAAUGUGGCAAAAUGUGAUCCUUAAUAUUCACAAUAACAGAUGUAGAAGCAGUAUGAAGAGAAAGGUGUCAGAGUGUCGUGCUGAGCUGAAUUAAUACAACCUAAUCUGUGAGCACUAGAUGUUUCGACUUUUGAGAAUGAUUAAAGUUUAUAUAUUCUAUGAUAAAUAUUGAAAUGUUCUAAAAGUGGGUUCAUGAUUUAUAUUGCCAUUUACAAUUAUUUUUGUCAGAGUGGUUUUGCUUCCAAUUUUUUUUUCGACCCCAGUCAAAAUCAACAUUUUGUUUUCCCCCCCCCCCCAUCCUUUCUAUUUUUAUACACUGCUUGAAAAUAUUACUAUAUAUGAUUACAUAUUAUUAUGAUACUGUUGUAUCUAUUUUAAUCUUUGAUUUAUAUCGUGCCAUAUACACAUACCAUAUCGUUUAAUAAUUAAUAAUUCUACAUAUUAUUCUGAAUUUCCUCGUAUUUUAAUUACUUCACAGAAAUCUUGGGAUAUUCUGCUAACAUAAUAACACAUAAAUCUGUAUGGUUUAUGGAACUUAUGUGCAUUUCAACCUUUUGUUGGGUGAAAUAUUCAGAAGUUUGGUAAUUCAUAUUACUUUGUCUCUCAUCCUUCUAAGAUUUUGAGGUUUAGACCAAUGUAAAUACGAAAUGAGCGAAGAGCAUAGUCAUUGGGAAAACUAUUUUUGAAUAUUUGAUUCUAAGAAUCAUUUGAUUCUUAGAAUCAUUUUACAAGAGUUGUGAAAAUUUUCCGUUGUGUGUUAUUUAUUUUGUUUGCGUAUGGUUGUGUAUAAACAAGUUGUUUAUUUGUACAUUUACUCAUGUGAUAUACCUACAUCAUAUCAUCUUCAGGGUCAAGGUUGCAUAUAAUUUUUCUGUCUAUUUCUGCAUAGUUACUAGGCAAAACUUCAUAUACAAUGUUAAUUAUCUUGUCACAUAUUUCAGGAAAACUUUACACCUGCAAUGUGUAUUAUAAAAAGGCGUACAUGUGUAAAAUGUGAAUUUUGUAAUUGUCAAGAAGCAUUACUAUUAAACAUUAACCUCAUUGAAUGAAAUUGACAAAAACAAAUAAUUAUAUCAUUUAUCAGGUGUUAAUUCUAGAUUUUAAACAAACCAAGAGCAUUAUGCAUAAUAUUAAUAAAUAUCAAAUAAGUGUAUAUAUCUAUAUAUCUACAUGUUUUUUUGCUUCAUUGGGUAAAAUAAUGAAACAAUUAUGCCCUGUAAUUGAUUGUAGAGCACAUUGCCAUCUGGUCACUAUUAGGAAUUAUCAAUUUUCAAAGUGGAAGUCAUUAAAAUGACUCUGUUCCUGGACUAUCAUUUCAGAAAUUAAUUUUUAAGCAAUAUAAACUAUAGAUUUCGAUUUAUUUAUUUUAAGGCAUGUUUCAAUGCAUUCAGUCAGUAAUAAGGAAAGUGGAAUGACCCUCGAUAAAUCAAGAGUUACCUCCCUCUGUUGAUCUUGAAGACAAAAAAAAACAAAAAACACCCCGAUUUUCAUGUUCCAAAUAAUGAAAAUUGGAAUAUUAGAAAAUCAAAUCCUUCUGUUUUUGUACUGCCAGACAAUUCUAUACAAUUAUUUAUUUUUGAUUGAAAAUUCAAAGACUAGUGAGAUUUAGAAGAUUUAUAUUUUAUAUAAUAUACAUUAGAUCAAUUUCCGAUCCAAGUAAUCAAAGCUAUGCAAUUUCUUAAUUUAUUAUUCUUUUUUUAUAAUCCUGCUGAAAAACUGUAUUGCUCAAAAAAAAUUUCAUUCCAAUUCCUAUAGAAGCUUUUUUUAUGUGACUUUUUUUUUAUUUGUUUACAGUAUUUAAGUAAACAGAUUUUACUUAGUUAUAUUUUAUUUGUUAGUCUUUCUAGAUUCACACCUGUACCUUAAAGGUGUCAAUGAGUCUGUUCUAUUAUAUUUAUCAUGUGGCAUAUUAAAGAAUAUGUUAUUUUCCAUUUGACAAAGUUGUGAAAUAGAUGUGCAAUUUGUCAUCUAAACAUAACCAGAAAUCAAAAGAUUAUAUGUGGAAUUAGUUGUGCACCGAUUGUUGUUAGGAAAAAAAAAAACGUCUUUAUGUCAUCAUGAAUAGCAGCAUUGUAAAGUUCUUGCCAAAAUUAAUUACAGUUUAUUCCUGCUUUGGAGCCAAACGAUCAUGCUUUUAUGUAAAAAGUUUUUUUUUAAAACUUAAAUAUAUUAUCUUACAGUUGUAUAUACUAUGUCCUGCUGAACUUUUACAUAAAAGAAAAUCCAGUUUAUAUACUGCCUUUUUUCAGAUUUAGUUUUAAAUUUCAUUCAGGGCAUCAAAAGAAUUCUAGACAAGUUUUCUCAUGAAAUUUUGGUAGCUUUUUUUUAUUUUAGUUUAGAUUAAGUAUUUGUUGUUAUAAUUUGUAGGGCAGUAAUCAAAAUCAGGUUUAUAUACAUUAUUAUUAAUUACUAUUAUUAUAAGUGUAGAUAUGUACAACCAGCCUUUUAUACCUAUAUGUUAAUUACAAUUACAUGUACAGUACAGCUUACAGAAUUAUUUUACUUUUUAAACUGGAAGAGUGAGUCUAGUUAUUGUAGAUUUAUAGGUUAAAUAUCAUUAUUGUGUUGAAGAGAAAUGAGCUAGAAUUAAGAUCAGAGUGAUGAUUGUGAUUUAUCUUCAAAAUAUUCUUAUUACUAGCCAAUUAAUUAUAACUGAUCAAUUAAAAAUACAUUAUUCAAGAGCUAAAUCUGCCUAUUGCAGUUCUUUGUUUAGGCCUUAAAUGUUAAUUAUUAAUUAGACAUUUAUUAACAUGACAAGACCAUCAUAAGCCUUGAAUAUACUUGUACCAUGGUUACCAUGAUUGUCAAAACUACAAACAGUGAUAACUUGGCUCAGAAUUAAGUAAUUUGAAUGAAAUUUUCAAUACAUUCAUUUUGAAUUAUCUAUUUGUGAACUAUUGUAGCAAGAAUGGCCAGCGCUUUAGCUGAAUCUUACAUAAUGCCCCUUUAAGGAAUUUGGCUGUGUAGUCUAAUUGAAAAGCUUACUACAGCAAUAAAGACUCAAAAAACUUACUAUGAUAUAUUUACCAUAAUUAUUUUUAAAAAUAAACAUUAUUUUAGUUUGUUAGUAUAUGUAUAUUGUAUAUAUAUAAUAAAUAAGUAUAAUAUAUUCUAUAACCUCUACCCCUAUACCUCUAUAUAUACAUUUCUAUACUUACUACUAAUUAAUAGAUAUAUUUAUAUAUAUAUUAUAUAUAUCACAAUCUAUCAGUUAUGUAUCAUAUGUUACUUUAUGCCUUAUAUUAUGCAGAAUAAUAUUUAAUAAGUUUUACAGUAGAAAUGGCCUAUUAAUUCUUUAAAAGAAAUAUGUAAAAAAUAUUUAUUGAAAUUAAGUUAAUUGAAAGCAUGAAAAAAGGAAAGAUUAGAUUUAUCACUAUGGUCGUGGAAAUUGUUCCUGGAUAAAUGUGACUGAUUUUAUCUUGAUUUUCUCGAUUUAUUAUCAGCCUUUGAUUGAAGCCUCCAAUUUGAUCACCUUUCACCUGCCUCUAUAUCUCAGUAAUUGUGAAUGUUUAACAUAUAAUAAAUAAAAUCACAAAGAUACGAUUGUUGCUUCAUUUCACUUUUAUGUGUACAGAUAAACAACAAUCUUUGUGAUGUUUAUGUUUUUUAAAAUUGUUUAUUGUUUAUAUGUGAUGUUUUUUUGUGGUUGUAUAAAUUGUUUAUUAUUAUAUCUAUGUAUCUAUUGUUGUUAUAUCAUUGUUUUAAUGUGUAAUAUCAACUAUACUAAUAUCUUUAUACACUUGUAUUAUUAUCAUCACUAUACAUAUCUAACAUGUAUAUCAUUUAUUAUGUUAUAUUCAAAAGAGAAAAAUAAAACAUAUAUUUUGAAAAAUA